GGGAAGCCCGAGGAAAAAGUCCUGCCCAAGUUGAGGGACGAAACAAGCCUCCCCUCCCCCUCCUUGCACACAUGCCAGGGAGAGAGGCCUCCCCGCCCCGGGAGCGAAGCCCCUGCUCCGCACUCCCCGCCCACUUCUCUCGAGCGCGGCUCUGGCUGGCGAGGGGAGCCCAGCUGUUGUCCCUUCUGCGGAGGCCGCCCGCUGUUGCUGCUCCUUUCAGGAACUCGCAGUCCUGCUCCAGUUUGACUUGUUGACUAAUUUCAAGUUGUUGAAUAGCUCGCGUGCUUAUCAUAGUUGUGGUUGGCUUCAAGCUGCAGACUCGCUGCUGUCGGGGACGGGGGGGGGGAAGAGAGCGGGAGGCUCAGCGUCAGCGCGUCCUCCGCACAGGAACUCCAGAGUUGGGCUCGGUUUUGUCCCCCAGAACCGCGCCAAUUCUGCGCAAUCGAAGUGGCGAGCCCAAGUACAGUGGCGUCUUCCUGCCUUUCUCGGCUGCCCGAUUUUGCUUUCGGAGUUGCUUGGCUCGGUUGCCGCCUUCUGCUUUUGAAAGAGUCGCCUGCGUGAUGUAGGCGGCGUGUGCUGGAGGCUGAAAGGCUGGAUCCAGGUUUCUUCCUCUGCUCCUCCACUAAGAUUGGAGCAAGCUUAGACGGGUUUAGGUUGGUCUCAACCCAAAAUCCAGCCUCGGUCCGGAACAUCCUGGCCAGCAGCCUCUCAGCUUUCUAUAGAACUGGCACGAUAGAGCCGAUACGCGCAGAGUCCAGGAAAACCCAUUCCCCGGCCUCUCGGAUGGUUUCCAGAACUAGAGUACGAACCCGGAAGGUGCACCACGUAAGCCAUAACUGCCACUGGGCAUGUGCAGAGGGCAGCCUCAAAUCAUUACGGCUCACCGGAGGGACUAAAGCCGGUCUCCAUCCCGGGGCGUGCAAGAUGAGGGCUGGAGCCAGCACAGUGCCUUUUCAUUUCGAAGAUAUAUGUUGGGGAAAGGAGGAAAACGGAAGUUUGAUGAGCAUGAAGAUGGGCUGGAAGGCAAAGUGGUGUCUCCUACCGAUGGUCCAUCUAAGGUGUCUUACACCUUACAGCGCCAGACUAUCUUCAACAUUUCCCUUAUGAAACUUUAUAACCACAGGCCCUUAACAGAGCCAAGCCUGCAAAAGACCGUUUUAAUCAACAACAUGUUGAGGCGGAUCCAAGAGGAGCUCAAACAGGAAGGCAGCUUGAGGCCUAUGUUCCUCACCCCAUCACAGCCUACAGAUCCUCUUGGAGACAACUUUCGAGAAGCUCAGCCUGCCUUUAGCCAUCUGGCCUCUCCGCCAGUCCACCCCACUGACUUAGCAAGCCCUACACCACUGGAGUCUUGCCUCACCCCUGCCUCUCUGCUUGAGGAUGACACUUUUUGCACUUCCCAGACUAUCUCACUAGAUGGUCCUCCAAAAUUACCACCUCCAACGAUCCAACCAGUAAAGGACAGCUUCUCCUCAGCCUUGGAUGAAAUUGAGGAACUCUGUCCAACACCUACCUCCGCUGAGGCAGUAGUAACUACAGCAGCAGCAGAUACAACUGCACCAGAUAACUCUAAGGAGAAUUCUAGUGAAUCCAGCAUUCAAAAGCCUGAGGGUAUACAGGAGAACAGAAUGAGUGAGCCUAAACUCAUGGAUUCAUUACCUGGCAAUUUUGAGAUCACAACUUCUACAGGUUUUCUUACAGACUUGACCCUGGAUGAUAUUCUCUUUGCAGACAUUGAUACGUCUAUGUAUGAUUUUGACCCUUGCACAUCCUCUACAGGGGCUGCCUCAAAAAUGGCUCCUGUCUCCGCAGAUGACCUCCUCAAAACUCUGGCACCCUACAGUACCCAGCCAGUAACCCCCAAUCAGCCUUUCAAAAUGGACCUUACAGAACUGGAUCACAUUAUGGAGGUGCUUGUUGGGUCAUAGAUCGAUAGCAACUUUUUAAACGCACCAGUAUAAACCCUUGGUAGUAUUUUCACAAGGCCCCCUCUCCUUCCAAGCCUACCAAGAAACACAUAGACACACACAAAUAUGCACGCACGCAAAUACACACAUCACUGUGCAUGCGUCUUUGCUUGUCUUUUUUUUUUUUUAAGGAUCAUACUUGUUUUUGCUUCAAGCAGAGUUGGAGUGCCUUCAUUCACGUAUGACCACUUUUAAUGUAUUUCUGAAAGUGGUUCCUCAAGGGAGACCUGAAAUCCUAAUAUAGGAAGAAAGUGCAUAUUUUCAAACAUAAAUAUGUUCGACAAAAAAUGUAAAAGCUAAGCACAAGGAUUAUGUUGGGAAAAAGCUGUAAAUUGCAUGUGCAUAUUUGUCUAUUUUUUCUAUAAGUUUUAUUGCAAGAGGUUAAAAUAUUAUUUAGAUAAUUGCAGUACCUUUUUGGCAUUUUAGCACUGUCUAGGUUGAUUUAGCAAUCCAGCCUUUUUAGAGGUAUUAAUGAUUCCUCUUUAAAUGUUGCAUUUACAUGGCUCUUUAGAAACUGCUACCCAAAUUUAUUUUAUAUUUUUGUAUAGAUUCUGCAAUUUAUGAUAUUGGGUUUUUUUCUUAGAAAAAGAAAAAAGAAACAAAACAAAAUGCUGUUUGUACUCACAUACACACAAAAAAGGAAAUAGUUAUUUUGGUAGGAUUUGCUCACCCCAUUCCUGCAUAUACCUUCUGAUGUACAAGAACUGCUUGUAGUUUUAUACAGACUUGUAGUGUUUUAUAUGCAUAUAAUGGUGCAAAGAGAAGUUUGGAUCAAAUCAGUCUGCAGCUGGCCUCCCUGAAUCCAGACACCCAUGCUUGAAGGCAAAGACCAAGUUUCACAGAUAUUUACUCCCUGCUGCCUACUACUGUGAUUAACAAAAACCUUAGAGCCAUGUAUAUUCCAACACUGAUGUCAAACAGUUGGCAAGAAAUAGCUGUGAAACUUUAUUCUGAUGAAACUCCCUUGUUCUCCCUUCCCUCGUUCCGAAAGAAUCAAGAAAUAAAAAUAUAUUCCCUCAAACCAAGCUUUUUUAAAAAAAAUUGCAAAACAGAUUCCAUCCUUCCUCUGACAGAGUGUCCUUAGGUCUGUUGAGCUCAACCUUCUAAUAUUUUACAGCUUUCCUAGUGAGAAAGUUGUGUUCUUGGAAAUAGCUUACUUUUUGGUAAGUGCAGUUGACAGAGUGCACAGUUGACAGAGUGCCUCGUUCAGAUUCAAACAGUAGAAAUGGGUGAGCAUUGGUGUACUUCACUCUGCCUUGAGGUAUUACCGUAGUAAUGGCAUCUAGUUUUAGAGAGUCACAAUUUAGGCAGUUACCAGUUUUAAGGAGAAGCACGCUGUGGCUGUAGCAGAUUUGUUUUGUUUGAUUGUUUUGGAUUUUUAUUUCGUUUAAAGCCUGAAAGUAAGAUGUGUUGAAAUCAGUGGAGAUUCCUUCCAAGAAACGGAGUUUAGGAUCAGGAGUGGGAAAAGGCCUUUUAUCUCUGUGACAGUGUAAUUCUAAUGUACCUUAUUUCUUCUAAUCAUUCUUAUGAUUAUUCUUGCCCUUUGCUUGGAACAUUAAUAUUCUUAUUCACUCUGUUGGCAAAUGCUGAAAAAAAAAAGUCUAACUUCAGUAUUACUGCAGUGAAAUCAUCUCUUAUCAGCACUGGAUGGACUCACUCAAGUAUCCAUUGCUCUUAAAACUGGAGCUAGUUGUGCUUUGAACACUUGGUAUCUUUUUUGGGGGGUGGGGUUGGUUUCUUGAUUCAACUCUGUUCCUUGCUUUAUACUUUAUAAUGGCCUGUUUGACAAUGUAUUGAAACUGCAGUCUUCUAUGCAUGUUUCCUCCCCACUUAAGUCGUCUCAUUUCUGCACCUGUUCCAAUUUUCUCUCUCUCUGUUCAUUGUGAUGUACAUUUGUGUUAAAGAAAACUUGCAAUGUUAUCAUGCCUGUUGCCGAGAUUGCUUAUGGCAUAUUAAUUUUAAAUGGUACUUAAUUGAGUGCAGGUUACAAACUAUACUGUUGAUAUGCAUAUGGCUUCUUUAGGAAUAACGUUUAUAUUUAUUUAAGAAAAUUUAAAUUAUGUUUAUGUAAUUUGGCAAUAUUCAGUUGGUUCUGCUUACUUCUUGUCAUGGAUUUCUUAAAAAUUGGUCUUUUCUGCCUUUAAGAUAGCAGCUUUAUAAACUGGCACUUUAGAAUGGGCCAUAUAUAUUUAUUUAAAAUGCAUGUAAUUUAUUAUAUAUAAUGCACACAAAGUUUUUCAUUUGUGUCCAAACUAUCUGGUAAUUAAUUAGAGUGCUGCAUGCCUAUACUAAAUAUGCCAUGCCAAAUUAUCAACUAAAUCCUAAUACGUUAAUCAGAUUUUGCUAUCUUUCUUGAAAAGUUUAUUUCAUUUAAAUAACCGUAUAGUUAUAAUUUGAAGUUGCACAUCUUUAUAAGCAAGCAUAUUUUUCCCAAUUCUUGCUGUUAUGGGGAGGAAAAAGACAGCUGGCAUAUCCAAAACAUUUAAUUAGAUGUUAUAACAACUGAUUUAGAUUGCAAAAUGCCUUGAACAAAGAUUUCUUCUCUUUUGUUAGUCUGGUAAUCACUAGGAAUAUCGCUGGUACUGUUAUAAAAUAACACCGAAUUACAAUUUCAUUAGGAAUUUGUGGAUUUGAGAAGAUUAAGUCUUUCAAAUCUGGGCUACAGAAAUCCAAAAUACCACUAAACUGUAGCAAAUUCUUUGCUUCCACCUUUUGGUUGUCCAGAUCUUUGCAGAAUUAGAUACAGUAAUCAGAUAUGGUAGAAAAGAUGAAAUAAGAUGCUUGCUGAUGUGUUACUAGCCAAAUAGGAUAAUCUUGGGUGCAGAUAUCUGCAAUGCUAGAAAACACUCAAUUUAGUUUUAAUCAGUUAAUCAGGGUGGCAGCAUCCCAAGCCUUUGCUGGAACAGUCUAGGUUUAGAUUAAAAUUAAAAUGUCAAAGAAAAAAGUAAACAAACAAGAUUUACCAUUGUCAAAAUCUGAUUUUACACGUAAUCUAGAAACAAUACUUUCCUUUUUGGACAAGGUGAUAAGAGUAUAUAAACAAGUACCACAUGUUGGGCAGAAGUUCAAAUUAACACCAUUUUAGAGAGGAACAGCUUGUUUCCCAAAUGCUAACCUUGCUAUACAGAGCAAAGGCAUUUGAAAUGUUGAGCAGAAAUCAGUCCUAUGCAACAUUAAAUGAUGCAAAUGAGUAUGAUUGUGGCAGAUAGGGCAUCCACUCAAUAGAAUUAGGUACCCCAGUAUGAUGAGUGCCUCACAGAUAUACCAAUUUAAACACUUCUGUCUCUAUAAUAUAACCUCUCCCCCCCCCCAUAAAGGAUCAGAACUUACCGGACUACAAACUAUUAUUUUCCCCACUCUCCAAAUUCCAUCUUGAAUGCUGGGGACAUUUAUAAUGACAGAAAACAUGCAAUGAAGUGACAAGAAGAGAGCAGAAUUAAAAAGAGCUGUUUGAAUUUGAAGUGAUUUUUUUUCCAUUUUGUUUUUCAUAAGUUAUUUAUUCCAUUUUAUUUUUCUUUUGUAAAUAUAUUUAUUUUAUUGUGAAGCUAACAACAUCUGGGUUGUAACAUGUACAGAAUGUAUGGUAGGAAUGUAUUCUCUUGUAGGAAUGUGAAAUCCAUACAAGAGGGAACUGAAAGUUAGAUUUGGAGAUUAUUAUCUGGGUUCUGUUCAGAAUACAUGUCAUUCAUCAGAUCUCUCUCCCGCCUCUCCUGCUUUUCUCUACUGAGAGUCACUGUGAUUCUAUAGGACAUGCAAAAAAAGAAUUAUAAACUUUUGUUAUACAAAUCAAACUUUGGUAUCGCUGGGUAUUUCAAAUGGGCCAGAUCCUAGUUCAAACAGCCAAAUACAGCUUUGGUUUCAAUGGGACUUUGUUGCAUAAUGUCUACUCAGGAGUAAGCCUCACUGAGUUUAAACUUACUCCUGAAUAAGCAUAUACAGAAUUUCAGUCUUAAAAGGCCUGAAGUGAUACAUUCUCACUCUGGUAGCUGGAACUGAAUAAGGAUGUACGUUAGCCUAAGUAUAUAUGUUUGCUGAUGAAUAAAAGAAGAGUGUCUAAGAUUCCUCUUCCUUCAAAAUUGCACAGAAGCAGCGUGCACCACACAAGAUUCACCCUAGAGAGACUGGGCAAAGCAAGCAGGCUUCUUGCAGUGGAAGAUGAUGUAAGGUGAAAGCAGCUUCCCGACCCGAACAGUUCAAUUGCUUUGGCAACCUGAGCUUCACAUCACAGCAAUCUAUUCCCCCCCCCCCCCAGUUUCAGUUUGAGUUGCUAGUGCUUAAAACCAGGAAUUUUUAAGCGGGGGAGGGGCUGCCAAAAUCCAUUAACCAACUUAAAGUAAGAUUAGCCUUUACUUUACACACAAGUGUGCCUUUUCGUCCGCAGAGAGAGUGUAAAGUGGCAUAACACAUCCUGUUUCAAAAAUGCAUAUUUAUAAUUUGUCUCUUCAAAUGAUUAAUGCAUAAGUAGCUGUUUAAAGAGCACUGUUGAAAGUGACCAAUUGUAGAUCAAAUAUGGCAAAUGUACAGUGCACUAUUGUAUAUUGACACGUGCAUCCAGUACCAUGUCCUGAUGAAGCUUCUCAGGAGAAAACAAAACAAUGCAGAAAACAGUAAAAGAAGGAAAAGUGUGGGAUUCCAUGACAAAGUUGAUUUUUAGGUCUGAGUAGAGCUAGCUGUAGUAUAUAAUUUGCAAUAACUCUUUGCUAGCUACUAUAUAGCUUUCAGAUUAACUGUCCUAGACUUAUGAAAUUGAACAAGGAAGCCUCUAGGAGCAACAUUGUAGAAAUUAAUAUGGGACAAAAUCUGUGAAAGAAUAUGUUCGUCUAUUUGAAAAUCAACUAAGAGCAUUUGCAUUCACAUUUCUGUUGGAUUUUGCAACUAUGAAUGCGCAGAUGGGUGACCAAAAUGUAGAUUUGUUGGUGCAAAUGUUUAUCCCAAAUUUCCAAGGAUUAAUAAGGGCCUAUAAUAGGUAUAGUAAGCCAUGCUGAAAGCGCUAACAAGUUUUGUGGAAGACUGUCCUAUUGGUUUCAAAGAGAGAUCCUUGUUUCCACUUUUUAAGACCCGUUUCAUCAGCACAGAGGCAAAUCUGACCUUGCAACCUCCAACCCUUCCUAUAGGGAAGUGUUUCUAGACAAGCUCAAACGGACCUUAAGACCCUGGGUAAAAUGCUGCAGGGGAGUCAUUUUAGUUGGUGGAAUGAAGAACGUUUGAUAGGCUGGAUGAACUGACUCAAAGCUCCAGAGUCACUUCUCCUAUCUUUCUUCAGAACAUUAACUGUGCUGGGAAGCAAGGUUGAAGGUCUAGCCUGGCCUUGGCUCCAGAGAGCAGACUCUCAAGCAGGCAGUGUUUAGGGUUCUCGGACAGAAUUGUGGGCAUUCUGUAGACAGUGCCAAGGAAAGUGCUCCAAAGUCCCUCUUCCUCUCAGUUUACUUGCAGGAGAGAGACUUCCCACAUGGAAACUGUUGCCACCAACAUUACUCUUCCUGAUAGUUGCUCUGCUUUACAGUGAGAGACGGAAUUAAGGCUGCCUUUUCAGAGAGGCCAGGAUGAGAAUAAAUUAUACCAUAUGAUUUUUUCCCCCUGAUUGUGUUGUAGAACUUGACUUGUGAAUCUAAAGUUUACAGUUCGAUAACAAACCAUGAGCAAAUGGACGUGCGCCCUCCUAAAAUGGCUCAUUGGAUCUAGAAUGUAAUUGUGAUUGUUAGAAAAAGAAAAUCCAACACCUUGCUUUUAUUAAUAUGCUUAUAACAUGUCUGAACUUUUUUUGGGGCGUGGGGGGGAGGACUUCCGCUCAUUUUAUAGUCAUUUUUUUUUAAUGUUAAAAAUAAUUCUAAUGCUAAUUUUUUUUUUUUUUUUUUGUAAGCUAAAACCUUGCAGAUGCUUAACAUUGUAACAACAGACAAGACUCUUAAAGCAGAGAUUUCAGGGGCGGGGGAAGAGAAAGAUGUAAAAAUGAGGAUAUAUUUGGUGCAUGGUUGUUUUAAAACAAGGCUUGUUUUGUCCCAAACGCUGGUAUUUUUUCCCUCUGCCCCCCCCCUUCCUAUCCCGCGACAGACCUUAGAGCUGUGCCUUUUCUAUGCAAUAUUACAGACAUAUACAUCUGAAACCAGAUUACUGUAUUCACUUGUAGGUAUGGGCUGUAAUAAUAAUAAAAAUGGGCAAAUUACAUGGAAAUGAGCAGUCUUACUUUUGUAGUUUUAUAUUAUACAAUAAACAGUUUAAAAAGAA